AUGGUGCGUGCACAGGAUGUGCCGUUGGUGAAGCAGUGGUAUCUGGAGCACUGCCCUCAGGGCCAACCUGUCAAGGUCCGGGUGUCCUACCAGAAGUUGCUUAAAUCCUAUGUGCUUAAUGAAUUACACAAGAACAAGCCCAAGGCUCAGAAUAAGCAGAAUCUGCUUAAGACGCUGAAGUCGACCAAGUUCUUCCAACAGACUACAAUCGACUGGGUUGAAGCCGGUCUGCAAGUAUGUCGCCAGGGUUUCAACAUGCUGAACUUGUUGAUCCACCGCAAGAACUUGACUUACCUGCAUCUCGACUACAACUUCAACCUGAAGCCUGUUAAGACCCUGACAACCAAGGAACGCAAGAAGUCUCGAUUCGGUAAUGCUUUCCAUCUGAUGAGAGAAAUUCUUCGCUUGACGAAGUUGAUUGUCGACGCUCAAGUCCAGUACAGGUUGGGUAACAUCGAUGCCUUCCAGCUGGCAGACGGUAUCCUCUAUGCCUUCAACCACGUCGGUCAGUUGACCGGUAUGUACCGUUACAAGUACAAGCUGAUGCAUCAAAUCCGUUCUUGCAAGGACUUGAAGCAUUUGAUUUACUACCGUUUCAACUCUGGCCCGGUCGGUAAGGGUCCUGGUUGUGGUUUCUGGGCGCCCGCCUGGCGUGUUUGGUUGUUCUUCAUGCGUGGUAUCAUCCCUCUCCUUGAGAGAUGGCUUGGAAACUUGCUUUCUCGUCAGUUUGAGGGCCGUCACAGCAAGGGUGUUGCCAAGACCGUAACCAAGCAGCGUGUGGAAUCGCAUUUCGAUCUUGAGCUGCGAGCUUCGGUUAUGGCCGACCUGAUGGACAUGAUGCCCGAAGGUAUCAAGCAGAACAAAGUUAACACGGUUCUUCAACACCUUUCGGAGGCAUGGAGAUGCUGGAAGAGUAACAUUCCCUGGAAGGUUCCCGGUCUGCCCGCUCCGAUCGAGAACAUCAUCCUCCGUUACGUCAAGAGCAAGGCCGACUGGUGGAUUUCCGUUGCACACUACAACAGAGAACGUAUUCGCCGGGGUGCCACUGUCGACAAGACGGUCGCGAAGAAGAAUCUGGGUCGACUUACGCGUCUCUGGCUCAAGGCUGAGCAAGAAAGGCAGCACAACUACUUGAAGGAUGGCCCUUAUGUCUCGUCUGAAGAAGCUGUGGCGAUCUACACCACCAUGGUGCACUGGUUGGAAUCCCGCAAAUUCUCUCCGAUUCCCUUCCCCAGUGUUUCUUACAAGCACGAUACCAAGAUCCUGAUUCUGGCCCUGGAAAGAUUGCGUGAGGCGUAUUCUGUCAAAGGCCGACUCAAUCAGAGCCAGCGUGAAGAACUUGCUCUUAUCGAACAGGCAUACGAUUCGCCCGGUACUACGCUGGCCAGAAUUAAGCGUUUCCUUCUCACUCAGCGUGCAUUCAAGGAAGUUGGCAUCGACAUGAAUGACAACUACAGCGACAUCAACCCGGUGUAUGAUAUCGAGCCGAUCGAGAAGAUUACUGAUGCAUACCUUGACCAAUACCUGUGGUACCAGGCCGAGCAGCGCCACCUCUUCCCUGCUUGGAUCAAGCCUUCCGAUUCCGAAGUUCCUCCUUUGCUCACUUACAAGUGGGCUCAAGGAAUCAACAACUUGUCCAAUGUCUGGGAGACUUCCGAGGGCGAGACCAACGUGAUGGUUGAAACGGAGCUGUCCAAGGUCUACGAGAAGAUUGAUCUUACGCUGCUGAACCGGUUACUCCGUCUGAUCAUGGAUCACAACUUGGCUGACUACAUCACCUCCAAGAACAACGUGCAGCUGAGCUACAAGGACAUGAACCACACUAACAGCUAUGGCUCGAUUCGUGGUUUGCAGUUCUCGGGUUUCGUGUUCCAGUACUAUGGUCUCAUGAUUGAUCUGCUGCUCCUCGGUUUGCAGAGAGCUAGCGAGAUGGCUGGUCCUCCGCAGAGCCCCAACGACUUCUUGCAAUUCCGCGACAGCGCUACCGAGACUAGACACCCGAUCCGCCUGUAUACUCGUUAUGUCGACAAGAUCUGGGUGUUCAUGAGAUUCUCUGCCGAUGAUUCCAGGGACCUGAUCCAGCGUUUCCUGACCGAGAACCCGGACCCGAACUUUGAAAAUGUUAUUGGAUACAAGAACAAGAAGUGCUGGCCUCGUGACUGUCGGAUGCGUCUGAUGCGACACGAUGUCAACCUGGGUCGUGCGGCCUUCUGGGACUUGAAGAACCGCCUCCCCAGAUCUAUCACCACUAUCGAGUGGGAUGACACCUUCGCCAGCGUGUACAGCAAAGACAACCCCAACCUCUUGUUCUCCAUGAGCGGUUUUGAAGUCCGCAUUCUGCCCAAGAACCGUAACCAGAACGAAGAGUUCUCGGUUAAGGAUAGUGUCUGGUCGUUGGUUAACAACUCGACCAAGGAGCGUACGGCCCACGCCUUCCUCCAGGUUACCGAAGAGGACAUCCAGAAGUUCAACAACCGGAUUCGCCAGAUUCUCAUGUCCUCGGGAUCGACAACCUUCACCAAGAUCGCGAACAAGUGGAACACUGCCCUGAUUGCACUGUUCACUUAUUACCGUGAAGGUGCUGUUGCGACUGUCAACCUGCUCGACACCAUCGUCAAAUGCGAGACCAAGAUCCAGACUCGUGUCAAGAUUGGUCUGAACUCCAAGAUGCCUUCUCGUUUCCCUCCGGCUGUGUUCUACACCCCGAAGGAACUGGGUGGUCUGGGUAUGAUCUCCGGAUCUCACAUUCUCAUUCCCGCAAGUGACAAGCGGUGGUCGAAGCAGACGGAUACCGGUAUUACCCACUUCCGUGCGGGUAUGUCUCACGAUGAGGAGACCUUGAUCCCCAACAUCUUCCGGUACAUCAUCCCUUGGGAGGCUGAAUUCAUCGACUCCCAGCGGGUUUGGAUUGAGUACUCGCAGAAGCGGAUGGAAGCUCAGCAGCAGAAUCGUCGUCUGACUUUGGAGGACCUUGAGGACAGCUGGGACCGUGGUCUUCCCCGUAUCAACACACUCUUCCAGAAGGACCGCAGCACACUCAGUUUUGACAAGGGUUUCCGUCUCCGGGCCGAAUUCAAGCAGUACCAGUUGAUGAAGAGCAACCCCUUCUGGUGGACUAGUCAGCGACACGACGGAAAACUGUGGAACCUUAACGCCUACCGUACGGAUGUCAUCCAGGCCCUUGGUGGUGUUGAAACCAUCCUGGAGCACACCCUCUUCAAGGCAACAGCUUUCCCCUCGUGGGAGGGUCUUUUCUGGGAACGGGCUUGUCUUGCUAAGGGAACGCGGUUGCUGCGGUAUGAUGGUUCCGAAGUCAAUGUCGAGGACGUCCGAGAGGGAGAUGAGCUUCUCGGACCUGACGGCACGUCUCGUCGCGCUUUCAACAUUGUCAACGGUCAAGACCGUCUUUACCGCAUCAAGGUCGACGCCGAGUUAGAAGACCUUGUGGUCACACCAAACCAUAUCUUGGUGCUCCGCCGGGAGGAUGAGACCGUGGAAAUUACUGCAGACGAGUUCGCCGCCCUUGAUGUGGCGGAAAGAAGCCAGUACCGAGCCCCCAGAACCUCCCCUGAACUGUGGGCCAAGGCAGCCGGGAAUGUGGUUGCCCAAGCUCCUAGUUUCUCCAUCAAAGGCAUUAGCCUUGAAGCUGAGACGACAGAAUGGGCCGGCUUCCGAGUCGACAAAGACCAACUUUACCUGCGCCACGAUUAUCUCGUCCUGCACAACAGUGGUUUCGAAGAGUCGAUGAAGUUCAAGAAGCUUACCAAUGCCCAGAGAUCCGGUCUGAACCAGAUCCCCAACCGUCGGUUCACCCUUUGGUGGUCGCCAACUAUCAACCGUGCCAACGUGUAUGUUGGUUUCCAGGUGCAACUGGAUCUUACUGGUAUCUUCUUGCACGGAAAGAUUCCCACUCUGAAGAUCUCUUUGAUUCAGAUUUUCCGUGCUCACUUGUGGCAGAAGAUUCAUGAGUCCGUAGUUAUGGACUUGUGUCAGGUAUUCGACCAGGAGUUGGAGCAACUGGGAAUUGAAGCCGUUCAGAAGGAGACGAUUCACCCGCGUAAAUCGUACAAGAUGAACAGCUCUUGCGCCGACAUUCUGCUUUUCGCCACCAACAAGUGGAAUGUGACCAGACCGUCUAUCCUGUUCGACACUAAGGAUGUCUAUGAACCGACGACGACCAACAAGUUCUGGCUGGAUGUGCAACUGCGGUACGGUGACUACGACUCGCAUGAUAUUGAGCGAUAUGUUCGUGCCAAGUACCUGGACUACACUACGGACAGCAUGAGUAUCUACCCUUCGGCCACCGGUCUCAUGAUCGGGGUCGAUCUGGCAUACAACCUGUACUCUGCCUACGGUCAAUACUUCCCUGGUCUGAAGACACUGGUUCAGCAGGCCAUGGCCAAGAUCAUGAAGGCCAACCCUGCGCUGUAUGUGCUGAGAGAACGUAUCCGCAAGGGUCUCCAGCUGUACGCCUCGGAGAGCAACCAGGAGUUCCUGAACUCGCAGAACUACUCGGAGCUCUUCAGUCCGCAGAUCCAACUUUUCAUUGAUGACACCAACGUUUACCGUGUUACUAUCCACAAGACCUUCGAAGGUAACUUGACCACGAAGCCUAUCAACGGUGCUAUCUUCAUUUUCAACCCUCGCACUGGACAACUCUUCUUGAAGAUUAUCCACACCAGCGUGUGGGCGGGACAAAAGCGUCUGGGUCAGUUGGCCAAGUGGAAGACGGCAGAAGAAGUUGCAGCACUCAUUCGGUCUCUGCCUGUUGAGGAACAGCCCAAGCAGCUGAUCGUCACUCGGAAGGGUCUUCUUGAUCCGCUAGAAGUUCACUUGCUCGACUUCCCCAACAUUUCCAUCCGUGCUUCUGAGCUUCAGCUUCCGUUCCAGGCUGCUAUGAAGGUCGAGAAGCUUGCGGACAUGAUCCUUCGGGCGACUGAGCCGCAGAUGGUUCUGUUCAACUUGUAUGACGAAUGGCUGAAGUCCAUCUCGCCAUACACGGCCUUUUCUCGAUUGAUUCUGAUUCUCCGUGCUCUCCAUGUCAACAUCGACAAGGCCAAGAUCAUCCUCCGCCCUGAUAAGAGUGUAAUCACGCAGGAGCACCACAUUUGGCCAUCGCUCUCGGACGAGGCCUGGAUCGACGUUGAAGUACAACUGCGUGACCUGAUCCUGAACGAUUACGGCAAGAAGAACAACGUCAACGUGCAGAGUCUGACGAGCAGCGAAGUUCGGGAUAUCAUCCUGGGUAUGGAGAUUAGUGCGCCGUCGUUGCAGCGACAGCAGGCCGCGGAGAUCGAGAAACAGCAGGAAGAGCAGAAGCAACUCACGGCUGUUACAACCAAGACGCAGAACGUGCGAGGCGAAGACAUUAUCGUUACGACUACGUCUCAGUACGAACAGCAGUCGUUUGCGUCCAAAACAGAAUGGCGCACCCGGGCUAUCGCGACAUCGAACUUGCGUUCCAGGUCGAACAACAUCUAUGUCUCAUCAGACGAUAUCCAGGAAGAGGGGUACACAUACAUCAUGCCGAAGAAUGUCCUCAAGCGUUUCAUCACGAUUGCGGAUUUGCGGGUUCAAGUUGCCGGAUAUCUGUACGGUAGCUCGCCACCGGAUAACGAGCAGGUGAAAGAAGUGCGCACGAUUGUGAUGAUUCCUCAAGUUGGCAACACCCGAGACGUCCAACUGCCGCAACAACUGCCACAGCAUGACUACUUAAACGGCCUGGAGCCACUGGGAGUAAUCCACACGAUCUCCGGAAACGAACCCCCGUACAUGACCGCGAUGGACGUGACGCAACACGCACGGUUGAUGAACGAACACCCGUCAUGGGACAAGAAGACGGUGACGAUGACUGUCUCGUUCACCCCCGGCUCCGUCUCGCUGGCGGCUUGGGGUCUCACCCCCCAGGGAUACAAGUGGGGAGCGGAGAACAAAGACACGACUUCGGACCAGCCGCAAGGAUUUUCCACCAACAUGGGUGAGAAGUGUCAAUUGCUGCUUAGUGACCGGUUGCGCGGGUACUUCCUGGUUCCCGAGGACAACGUGUGGAACUACAGCUUCAUGGGCAGCUCGUUUGGAAGUGUCGAGAAGCGACCGAUUUAUGUGAAGAUUGAUACGCCGCUGCGGUUUUACGAUGACCAACAUCGGCCGCUGCAUUUCCAGAACUUUGCGGAGUUGGAGGAUAUUUGGGUUGAUCGGAGCGAUAACUUUGCGUGA